GCUGCGGCCGAAGAAGAGUGGUGGGCUGUUACGCGGCAUCGGACACAUGUUCCGCUUCGGCAAGCACCGGAAGGACGUGGUGUUGCCAUCGUCGUCUGGUGGCGCAGCUAUGACGAUGAUGGCCGCCGACUACACGAGCAGCUCCGGUGGCACCAUCACCAAAUCGUUAUCGGCGGCGAACGCAACGGGUCAGGCGAUGGCCGAGGCCUGGCCGAGUGAGCAGCAGCAACUGCAGCAAGGUGCACAUGGCCAACCAUCUGCCAACGCCACGCCUACCUCAGCCAGCAGUGGUAGCUACGUUGUCUACGAACCGGGAUCGGUUGAGCGGUCCGCCUCGUCCGGGCUGAUCUUCCAGCACCAACCGCCCCACUAUCAACCACCACCGCCCCCACCCACGUCCAACCGUUACUCACAUUACGUCAAUUAUGACGAGCUUCAGCAGCAGAUAAGCAGUGGCAACCAUCUAUACAGUGGAACGGUUAGCCGAUCGUUCACCUAUGUAGGUCCGUCUACGAUUUACGACAUUGCCGAGGGGCGCUCACCAGUGAGUCGUAGUGUAGGAGGAGCAUCUGUACCGUGCCACACCACCUGUCAGCAUAGUCACCGACAUGUGUAUGAGCGGAUCGUACACGACGACGGAACGCUCACGGCGCUUAGCAGCAAUAACAGCAGCAGCAGCUGCCAAACGCUCAAUGGCGACAGUGCGGCCAUCUUGGACCAGAUAUUGCAGCCAGGGAAUGGUAACGAUGCCGCGGAGCACUAUCCACUGCAGCAGCUCGAGCGAUUGCGCGACCAGCAGCGCCAGCAGCUGCAGCAGCACCUGCAAGAGCUGCAGCAACACGAGCAGGCACAGCUGGCACUGCGCCAUAAGUUGAUGCUGAGCCGCCAGCAGCAGCGUAAUACGCGGGCCGAUGCGGAGAACCGGCGACCGGACACUGCCACGCUGCCACGGGAUGUCAAUGGUAACGAGAGCCACAGGCUGGUACCGUGUAACCACCACCGGGGUUACUCUGCUGUACGGCGCAAGCGAAGCAUGACCAGCACUAACAACAGAAGCCGCAGCAGCAGCAGCAGCACGCAACCACCACCCCGUGUGGUCGAGAUGCGACGUCGAGCAGAGGCAACCACCUUCGAAGGGUAUCAUGACCGUGGUGGCGUCACGGUGAAGGAAGAAGAAGAGGACGUACAGCAGGACCAGAUGCACUGGCCGGUGAGUCAGCAGCAGCAGCAGCAGCAGCAGCAUGAGCAGGUGGUGCUGGCGCAGUCCAGUAGACGGCAUCAUCAUUACCACUCGCAGCGCUCAGCCCGCAAUACACCGCCAAUCGCCGAACUCGGACAGCAACAGCAUCAACCGCAAUCUCUUCACCAUCAUCACACCAACGCUGCUGCGGGCCUGCUGGGUCAGAACCUUCAUCAUGCGCAACAAAAGUAUAAGAGCGUGCGGCCCGUCUCCAGCUACUACGACAGCGCUGGUGGUGGAGGCUACGAAACGAUAUCGCACACCGGCCCACCGAAUGUCGCACCCGUCGGUGGCAACACAAGUAACAGUAGCGCCAACAGCAAUACCAUCAACAACAACAACAACGAAAGCGGCGGCAGCAGCAGCAACAGCAAUCACCACCGUAAAGCAGGCUCCUCAGCAUCGAUCGGUAGCGGCGGCGGCAGCCUGCAACCGUCUGGAAAGCAGCAGUCAGAACCGAACCUGAACAACAAUAACAACAGUAGCAGCAGCUACCAUCAUCAUGCACAGCAUCAGAACAUGGAGUCCUGGCAUCCGGGACCGGCAGUAGUCGGUGGUGGGAAUGGCACCGGCGGCGGCGGUGGCGGCGGCUCGAUGCGUAACCAUCGGGGACCGUUCGUGACGCAAGUCCAAAUACAGAACCAGUUUCAAUAAAGAAUCGGAUCAGCGGGACGAUUCGGGCGCCCGUCUCCGUCCUUCCCCGGUUAUUCCUCUGCCGGGGUAGCUCUCAGCGGGUCCUUCCACCCUAGGGGCGCCGUCAGCGCCAGAUGAAUCAAAUCGCGAGUCGUAUCGCGGAAGCUAGUUUGUUUUUUUUUUACAUUUCCCUCAAUGCGCCUCAAUUUGCCACCGGCAAUUUGCCCACACAUACACGCGCUAUAUUUUUAAAGAAUGCUUAAUCUCCACAUUCUGUAUGAGAGCUUCACAGGCUAGGCACAGGCACUGGCGCGCGCGCGCGCGCGCC